CAGAUAUCCGAUCCCCGUAAUUGACAACCAUGGAGGCUCUUUUGCGCCAAUCCAAGUCCAUGUGCCCGUUCCUUCAUAAGACGUCUCCCGCCACCCUCCGCUCCCUUUCCACGACCACGGCUGUCGCUGUCCGCCCCGAAGUUUCCCCGAGCGCCGGAAGCAUGUCGAACCUCCAAGUCCUCGCUCGUCGCUGCCCCAUCAUGGGCAAAGCGCUUGCCGUGCAGACUGCUCGCAAUGGCAACAAUGCGCUGGCUGGCGCUUUUGGCGGUGUACGUGCGUACCACUCUCGUGUGAACCGCGCAAGAUUGCACACGACCGCGUCCAAGGAAGCCCAGGCUAUCGAUAUCGAAAACUUGCGCGGCAAGCAGGCUCCUGUUCCGUUUCCCCACGCGCCCCUCAAGCCCGUCGCUAGCAAGCCGUCCAACCUCGCUGUUCCCUCUGCGCCCAAAGCCUCCACGUUCGACUACGAGGGCUUUUACCACAAUGAACUCGACAAAAAGCACAAGGACAAAUCGUACCGAUACUUCAACAACAUCAACCGUCUGGCCAAGGAAUUCCCCCGCGCGCACAAGGAGUCGGCCGAGGACAAGGUGACGGUGUGGUGCUCCAACGACUACCUCGGUAUGGGUCGCAACCCUCAGGUGCUCAAGUCUAUGCACGAAACCCUCGACACUUACGGAGCAGGCGCUGGAGGUACUAGGAACAUCUCUGGCCACAACCAGCACGCUGUGGCGCUCGAGAAGACGAUUGCAGAUCUCCACUCCAAGGAGGCUGCGCUCGUCUUUUCGUCGUGUUAUGUAGCCAACGAUGCGACACUGGCGACUCUGGGCAGUAAAUUGCCCAACUGUGUCAUUCUCUCGGACAGCCUGAACCACGCUUCGAUGAUCCAGGGCAUCCGCCACUCUGGCGCAAAGAAGAUGGUGUUUAAGCACAACGAUGUCGCAGACCUUGAAGCCAAGCUGCAGUCAAUUCCAGCAGAGUACCCCAAGAUCAUUGCGUUUGAGAGUGUGUACAGCAUGUGUGGGUCUAUUGGUCCCAUUGAAGAAAUUUGCGACCUUGCUGAAAAGUACGGCGCAAUUACCUUUUUGGACGAAGUCCAUGCUGUAGGCAUGUACGGACCACACGGCGCUGGCGUGGCGGAGCACCUCGAUUUCGAGGCACACAAAGCAGGCCAGCCCAAGGGCACAGUUCAGGAUCGUGUGGAUAUCAUCACCGGAACGCUUGGAAAGGCAUAUGGCUGUGUUGGCGGCUACAUUGCCGGCUCUGCCAAGCUGGUUGACACGAUUAGGUCGCUUGCGCCAGGCUUCAUCUUCACUACAUCGCUGCCCCCAGCAACCAUGGCCGGCGCAAAGACUGCAAUUGAGUACCAAGCCAACUACAUGGGUGACAGGCGCCUGCAGCAGCUGCACACUCGUGCCGUCAAGGACGCUUUGAACGAGAAGAACAUCCCCGUCAUCCCCAACCCCAGCCACAUCGUACCGGUGCUCGUUGGCAACGCUGAAAUUGCCAGAAAGGCGUCGGACAUGCUUCUCGAGGACUGGGGGAUCUACGUCCAGGCCAUCAACUAUCCCACGGUUCCUGUGGGCCAGGAGCGUCUUCGUAUCACGCCUACGCCUGGCCAUGUGCGCGAGUACCGCGACCACUUGGUCGAGGCUGUUGACGCCGUCUGGACACAGCUUGGCAUCAAGCGCACCAGUGAAUGGGCAGCCGAGGGCGGCUUCAUUGGAGUCGGCGAAGCUGGCAAAGCCGAGGAAACUCCUCUCUGGACCGAGGAGCAGCUUGGCCUGACCGACGUCAUCAAGGAGAUGAAGGCUGGGCACGGCGUGACUGGUGUGCUAGAGGCCGUGCUUGAGAACGAGCGCAAGGCUACGGCACAUGCUGUCGCUACGGCGGCAUAGACGCGUGCAUGUUUUUGGAUUCGCAGGUGACGGUCUGGUCGCUCUUUAACUAUUAUUUGAGACCUGGAUAGAUGGGGGAAGCUUGGAAAGUACAGCACAAUAUAUCGUUGUUCGU